AUGACCAGGAUCGCUCAAUGGGCGAGGUUGGUGCUUCAACAUGGCCGAGAAGUUUCUUCGAGAGCAGAAAAUCCUGCAAAGCUUGUAGAACUAAGUAAAUACUCUCCGGAAAAAAUACGAAAUUUCAGCAUAGUGGCUCAUGUGGAUCACGGAAAAAGCACAUUGGCUGACCGUCUCUUGGAAAUAACGGGUGUUGUAAAGCCUGAGGCCAGAAGAAAUCAAAUGCUUGAUCGUUUACCUGUGGAGAGGGAGAGAGGUAUAACCGUUAAGGCUCAAACAGCCGCUCUUCCAUAUAAGGAUUACUUACUAAAUUUGAUUGAUACGCCUGGGCAUGUCGAUUUCUCAGCUGAAGUGUUCCGUUCUCUUUCUGUAUGCGACGGAGUCUUGCUUGUGGUAGCAGCAAAUCAGGGAGUCCAAGCGCAGACUAUUGCCAAUUUUUGGCUUGCGUUCGAAAGAAAUGUCGUUAUAAUUCCUGUCAUUAACAAGAUUGACCUUAGUGGUGCAGAUGUGGCAAAGGUAGAGUCCCAACUAAAAAAUCUGUUCGAGUUUGAGCCUCAUGAAUGCAUCAAGGUUUCAGCGAAAUCUGGUCAUAAUGUGGAGAAACUGUUAGAGGUAAUAGUAGAUCAGGUUCCACCACCGAAGACCAAUGGCAAUGCUCCAUUUCGAGCCCAAGUUUUUGACUCCAUGUUCGAUCAUUUUCGCGGGGCAGUGGCGUUCAUUCGUGUUGCGGACGGAUCUGUCAAAAGAGGGCAAAAAAUCAGGUCUUAUCACAAUGCCAGGGACUAUGACGUUGUGGAGGUUGGAAUAAUGCGUCCCGACAUGACACCGUGCACAAGUCUCAUUGCUGGGCAGGUUGGCUACGUCAUAUGCGGGAUGAAGACCGUUAAGGAAGCUAUGGUUGGAGAAACUCUGUUCACUCCCCAUGAGGAACAAUCUGUGGAAGCUUUUCCAGGGUUUAAACCCAUCAAACCAACAGUUUAUGCAGGGCUUUUUCCGAUAAAAACCUCUGAAUACGAAGACCUUAAACAGGCAGUUGAACGUCUCAGCCUCAAUGAUCCUUCAGUUUUGAUUAUUCCCGAUUCCAGUCCAGCAUUGGGCCUAGGAUGGAAAGUUUAUGGGAUUUCUUGGCGUUCUACAUAUGGAGGUUUUUGCGCUUGUGAAGGUGAGAGUUUGCCCCAUUUUCUAUUUUAUUUUCAACUGCUCUGUUUCCAGGACAGCGAUACAAUCCGCAAGAAGCGUUUCGGUGGUAAAUGUGAGAUCAGUAUCAUCGACGCUACCCAUUUUCCCGAAGAAAGCGAUAUCGAGAAGUUUUUGGAGCCUAUAGUUACGGUUCGCAUCAUAGUUCCACCUGAGAUGAUGGGUAUAGUGAACGGAUUGUGUUCCGAAUGCCGUGGAGAACGCGGUGAAGUGAGUUCAAUCGACGAGGGCAGGCUGAUGAUCGUUUGGAGAAUACCACUCGCUGAAGUGAUCGUCAACUUUUUCGAGCGAUUGAAAACGAUUACAUCCGGGCUUGCAUCUUUUGAUUACGAACAAGAUGGUUAUAUCGAGACGAAAUUGAUCAAACUUACACUUACGAUCAAUGGACGAGAGGUGCCCGAAUUCUCGCAAAUUGUUCCUGCAGCCAUGGCACAAGAACGUGCAAAGAGAUUGGUACACAGACUGAAGAAGGAGAUUCCUCGACAGCAGUUUGAGGUCACAAUUAAAGCAUGUGUAGGACGCUCAUCGAAAGCGCUUUCGCAAGUUUCCAUCCAGCCAAUGAAACGCGACUUCACACAGUUACUCAAAGGCAACUUUGGUGGCGGAGGUAUGGAACGGUUGAACAAAAAGCUGAGUCAUCAAAAAAGAGGCAAAGAACGCAUGAAGAUGAUAGGAAAUGUACAAAUACCCAAAGAGGCAUUUCUCAAUGUGUUUAAAAAUUAG